CUCCUCAGCCUCGCCAAGGAACCUCUGAUUCCUUUUCCGGUAGCUUAAGUGCUGAUUGCCUGAGCCAAGAUAAUUAACAGGGUGAUGGGCGCGAGGCGCAUCCAGUGUUUGAUCUUCCUGCUGGGAUUCCUCUGCUGCUCCGCACUCGAAGAACACGCGUCGCUGCAGUCCGCAAACGCCAUGCCUGAAAUGGACGUCAUCACGCCAAUCGCCACAGUUCCAGUGGUCAACCCCACCGCCACCACGACCACCACCCCUGUCUACAAUCCCUUUCCGACGAUGACUCCGUACUCAACUCCGGCGACUCCAGCUUCCUCCUCGUCUUCGGGGCAAAGCUGGUGCGUGGCAAGCCAAACUGCAUCCCAGGCCGCGUUGCAGGUCGCCCUGGAUUACGCCUGCGGAUAUGGAGGUGCCGAUUGCUCUUCCAUUCAAAAAGGUGGCGGAUGCUUCGACCCUGAUACCAUGCGCGACCACGCUUCCUAUGCAUUCAACGAUUACUACCAGAGGAAACCCAUCCCGACGAGCUGCGAUUUCGCAGGAACUGCCAUCAUCACCAGCGUCGAUCCCAGUACUUCGACAUGCCAUUAUCAAUCAACGAGCACAAGCUCUUCUGUUCUCAACACAAGAUAUCCUUAUGGAUCAAACGUUUAUGGAUCAUCUGUUCCUCCAACUACAAGUAGCUCCAUCUCGAUCUCAAACGGCAGAUCAUUACUUCACAUCUCCCUGAUCUUUAUCACACUGUCACUCAACUCUUUUGCUGAGCAAGGAAUUCAAUAGAGUCGACCAUGCAGAGGAAGUUUCGUAGGUUAUAAUUUACUUUUUUAUUAUGUUAAAAUAAAUACACCAUCCUUUUGUCAGUUUUCCCCCUUCUUUGAAUGAGCAGUAUUGUGAAUCUUCUUCAGUAACCAGGAAGCUGUACAAAGUUACCGACUGAUAAAGUUUUCAGGAAGGAAAGAAUAUAAUCUAGAUUGCAAAAGAUAUGAAAGGUAAAGUUAAAAUGCAUCACAUGAGGUUGCAGCUCUAAAAGAGCUUUUGUGAGAGACAAUCUACUGACUAGGGGGGAAAAAAAAAGGAGACAGUCAACUUUUCUAGUCUGCAGUGUGUGGCAGAUGUGGCAAAAGGAAUUGAUUGAGCAAAAAAAAACACUCGAGUUACAGUGCAGUAGCUUCAAGACAAACAUUAGGAAUGAUCAAGACUAACUGAUUUACAAUGAGGUGAAUUUGAGUUACAAAGUUGAUGUCUACGAGUCACUGCACGAGCGCUCUAAGAAUUCGAAGAAAAAGCUAACCUAAUCUUAGUGAAAGAUAAUCUUUCGCCCCUCUAAUGUUAUUCUUUCGACUACCUUGGCAACCUGAACCUGGUCCACGCGCAGAGCAUCUUAGUGCUGAUGGAUGCCUUAGCUGGGCUGAAGGUGAAGGAGAUCAAGAAAUGUUCUCCAUGUUCAGUUUUUACGCCACAAACUUCGUCACCGACUGAGAACAAUGUUAAGUUGAGAUUGUAAACUGAUGUAAAUUACUGAAGCAUCUGCCAUUCUGUAAACUUUGCAGGGUUAUGCAACUUUUGUUCAUUUAA